CGCGGCGUCACAAUUGCUCAUAAUAUGUUCGUUUGAUCUGUGGUUAGGUGGUCACGUAAUUUGUGCAAAAUUGUUUUAUACAUCAACGUGAUCGGAUGUGCGUGCAAUCGUGACGACGAAGGAUGUGCGCGCGAGUUUGAAGAAAGGCUCGUACUUGCCGUGCGUGCAACGAUGCUUUCGAAUCAGAUUCCGUUGUAGAUGCAAAAUUUGUCUGACGUGCGAAACGGUCACCGAGUUUGCUACACAGAGCGAUCCGGAUACGAGAAUGUACUGCCUGCAGUGGCUGAUCCCGGUGCUGCUGAUACCGAAACCCGUGAAUCCAGCGCUGUUGCAGACCCACGCCAUGUUCAUGGGGCUCUACUUAAUCGGCUUCUUCCUCGAGCGCAAGCCGUGCACCAUCUGCAGCUUCGUGUUUGUCACCGCUUGUUUUCUCAUCUGCUACAGUGGCAUUGGCAAUUGUCUGUUGUGGAGCAACUGUGAUACAGUAAAAUGCGACAACGGCUAAUGUCGCGCCGUCAUUCACUCUAUAGACUAUUAGAAAAUUGUCCUUCUCUCUUUUGCUUUUUUUUGUUUGCUUUGUUUUCCCGUCUCUUUUAACGAAAUGCUUGAAACUAAUGUUUUAAUCUCUUGUGUGUUCCAUUUGCGGCACAAAAGUGAUAGAUCAUUGAGAUAGCCUUUCGCUUCCAGGUUUUACAACAGGUUAUUAAAAAUUUUGGUUGACUGAUAUCACUUGUAUAAAUGUUACACUGGACAUCUAUAUUUUGAAUACAUAAACAUUUUAACUUGAUGAGAAAUUUAAGUGAAAACUUGAUAAAGACACAUUUGGUGGGAAUUGUACAUAUAUUCUUUAGAGUUAUGUUGCUAACAAGAGCAGAAUAGAUUUUUUUUUUUUUUUAAUUCAAUAAUAUUGUUAGUUUCCAAUAUAUAUGGGACAAUGAGAAAGAAGAGUAAGCAGCUAACAAUGUAUUCUUUUUAUAUGUAUAGAUUUUAAAAUCAAUCACACUACAAUGUCUUCUCUCUAUGAUAAUAAAAAGUAAUAUUUUCUCAUAGAAUUAUAGAAAUUCUUCCUUGUGUGUCUUAAAACAUAUAUCAAUGAAUAAAAGCUGCAAUUUAUUUUCAAAAAUAAAAAUUGUUACCAUCUAACUUUGAUGUGCUCUUGUUAAAAACUUUAAGUAAGAACAACAUGUUACUUUAAUGCAAUACUUGUAUUUAUAAAUAUUGCAUUCAAGUAAUACACAAUAAUUGAAAUGUUAUAUACAUACUUGUUAGUUAAACCUGUUAAACCUGAGGAUAGUGUAGGCAAGUUAUACAUUAAGGAAAUUUAUGUUGAUAUUGAUUUACAUAAUAUCUACAUGAUAUUGAUUGACUUGACAAAUAUACAAUGAUAGUUUUUCUCUAACUGACUGCUGCGUGAUUAGGCUAAAGUAAUAUUUCUCAAGUAAUGAGUUGUCACAAUAAUAAUUUAAUUAGAACAAAUAACUUAGAACAGGGUUUUUUGAGAGAGAGAGAAAUCUACUUAUAUUAAAA